AUGAGCUCGUUAAAGCAAUUUAUUCGCAAUGUUCGUGCGGCAAAGACCAUCGCGGAUGAGCGGGCGGUCAUCCAAAAAGAAAGCGCAGCUAUUCGAGCGAGUUUCAGGGAGGAGAGCCACGACCAUGGUGUUCGUGAUCUUGGCCACUCGAAUCAAUACAUCGUUGGACUCGCUUUGUGCACUCUGGGCAACAUAGCCUCGAUUGAAAUGUCGAGAGAUCUGUUUCCUGAGAUUGAGACCUUGAUAUCCACGUCAAAUCCUUAUAUUCGAAGGAAGGCCGCCCUCUGCGCCAUGAGAAUCUGUCGCAAGGUCCCUGACCUACAAGAACACUUCUUGGAAAAAGCCGCACAUUUGUUAGCUGACAGAAAUCAUGGGGUUCUACUCUGUGGCCUGAACCUGGUCACGAGUCUGUGUGAAGCAGACGAGGAAGAAGGAGGUGAAGAGGGCAUUGUUGACAAGUUCAGAUCAUUUGUUCCGGGGCUUGUCAAGACACUGAAAGGUCUUUCAACCUCUGGUUAUACCCCAGAGCAUGAUGUUACUGGAAUCACGGAUCCUUUUCUUCAAGUCAAGCUGCUUCGACUUCUCCGGAUUCUUGCCAUGGGCGAUCCAGAGACGAGCGAACAGAUCAACGAUAUUCUAGCGCAAGUCGCCACCAAUACGGACUCAUCGAAGAAUGUUGGAAACUCCAUUCUUUAUGAGGCAGUUCGUACGAUCCUAGAUAUUGAAGCAGAUUCUGGACUGAGGGUCUUGGGAGUCAAUAUCUUAGGAAAGUUCCUCGCCAACCGAGACAACAACAUCCGUUACGUGGCCCUGAACACUCUUAUAAAGGUCGUUGCCAUUGAGCCAAACGCUGUUCAAAGACAUCGCAACACAAUCUUGGAGUGUCUGAGAGACCCGGAUGUCAGUAUACGAAGACGUGCUCUGGAUCUCAGCUUCACUCUCAUAAAUGAGAACAAUGUACGAGUCCUCAUCAGAGAGCUUCUAGCCUUCUUGGAGGUGGCAGACAACGAAUUCAAGCCAACAAUGACAAGUCAGAUCGGGAUUGCGGCAGAUAAAUUUGCUCCGAACAAAAGGUGGCAUUUCGACACUAUGCUCAGGGUGCUGUCAUUAGCAGGGAACUAUGUUAAGGAACAGAUUCUCUCGUCCUUUGUUCGACUUAUAGCGACCACUCCGGAACUUCAAACGUAUGCGGUGCAGAAGCUAUAUGUCAAUCUUAAGAAGGACAUAACCCAGGAAAGCCUGACUCAGGCGGGUGCUUGGUGCGUUGGCGAGUAUGCUGAUGCUCUGCUUAGCGGAGGACAGUAUGAAGAGGAAGAACUCGUUCAGGAAGUCAAAGAACAUGAAGUGGUAGACUUGUUUGCGCUGAUAUUAAACAGUAGCUAUGCGACACAAGUCUCCACUGAAUAUAUUAUUACCGCCCUGAUGAAACUCACUACUCGUUUUUCAGAGGGUUCGAAGGUUGAGAGAAUCCGGCGGCUUCUACAAACUCACCAAACGAGCCUUGAUGUCGAGGUGCAGCAACGAGCCGCUGAGUACAGCAAUUUGUUCUCAUUUGACCAGAUUCGACGUGGUGUUCUGGAAAAAAUGCCUCCGCCGCAAAUCAAAGAGUCAUCUAGAGUCCUUGGCCCAGCGCCCACAAAGAAAGCAAAGGCCACAAACAGAAAGUCCAGGGUGCUGAAGCCAACAGAGCAGGACUUGCUUGACCUCAUGGAUGCUCCGCCCACCGCAUCGGGACCAACUCCGGCGACGAACUCGGAUCUUCUGGCAGAUAUUCUUGGAGGCAGCGCUUCAACACCGCCCCCGUCGUCUGCAUCGCCGCAUGCGCCUCAGCCGGCGAGUGUGCCCUCAAUCAUGGAUUUAUUUGGGCCCGGAUCAGGCCAGCCAACCAGUUCGCAAGCACAGGCUCCCGCAGGCCUGAACCUGAUGGGCAACAGCUCUCCACGGGCUCAGGUAGCUCAGGUCGAAUCGGGACGUCCUUGCUACAGCGCCAACGACCUUACUGUAACAAUUCAAGUCCAAAGGAAUGGGGAGGGCCUCAUUCAAGCUACUGCGCGUUUCCAAAACAUUUCCGCGUCAACCUCACUCUCUCAUGUCGGAUUGCAAGCUGCGGUUCCUAAAUCUCAGAAACUCCAACUUCUCAAUAUUUCGUCCUCGAUUCUACAUCCUGGCGCAGAUGCUACCCAGAUGAUGAGAAUAUCCGGAUGUAAAGGGCCCUUGCGCCUUCGCCUCAGAAUCGGCUACGAUCAUCCCUCUGCCGGGAAAGUAUUGGAUCAGGAAUUACACUCUGUGACGCUCAGUCGAAUCGAUGGCGUCAAUGAAAGGGUCAGGCUCUUGCGUCUGGAGCUGCAUAGCGGUCCUGUAAAGUUCUGGCCCGGCCAAUGGCUAGAUACGUACGUCCCUGGAGUCGCCAAGGCAGGCGGCCUUUCGAUUACAUGUGCUCCCUCCGCAGCAGCCUCGUCGGGCGGCCUGCCUGCGCCGUAUCUGGAACUCGCCGUUCAAAAGUCGCCGGACAAUGCGGUCGCAGCGUGGCUAUGGCAGCCGACGGAGAAAGAGAUCGGGUCGCAUUUGCAUGUCCGCGUUGCAGGGGGCUUUGUUUUCCCUCCCCCUUCGCAUCCUCGGGUCGACAAGAUCGAGAGCGUUGUUUUUGUAGCAGGCGGCGUAGGUAUCAACCCGCUCAGGAGCAUGCUUAGCCACAUUGGUGAGACGGAUGGCUUUUCUGGCCUUGACGUGUCUGUAUUCUAUAGUAGCAAGCUGCCUGACAGGGGAGGAUUGGAGGACAUCCUAUUCGUACCACGUAUAGCGGCCUUGUUUGCGCAUGGCAGUGUCGAGGGGAAGUUCAAGAUACAUUUGACUGGGAGCCGCGAGAGCCUUCGACGCUUCGAAAGUCGACGCAAAGCUCACCAAGUCAUAGACGAGAACGUUCUAGUUCAAGAGGGCAGAUUGUCUGCGGCAAAUUUGCGCCCAGACCCGAACAAAGGGGACCGUCGUUCGAGCAUCUUUUACGUUUGCGGGCCACCAGCCAUGACAGAUUUCAUCUACACGUCCCUGGCUGCAAGUAGUCCAGGAAUGAACACAUCGCCAGCACAAAUCGUGACCGAGAGAUGGUGGUAG